AUGACAAUAGACAUCAGUGUUAGUUUUGUCUCUCUUCAUCACCUCCUCCUCUUCCUCGUGUGUUUGAGGCUGACGGCGUUCGUGGUCCGGUGUUUCUCCAAGGCCCGUGCCUUCGUCUACAUCGACCCAACAAAGAUCACCCUGUCCCGGACUUGGCUCAUGAGCCGACAGAAGGACGACGGGUGCUUCAGACCAUCAGGAGAACUCUUCAACAACAGGAUGAAGGGUGGAGUGUCCGAUGACGUCACCCUCAGCGCUUACAUCACAGCUGCUUUUCUGGAGAUGAACAUGACAGAAUCUGACUCGGUGGUAGAACGUAGCCUCUCGUGUCUGAAGAACCACUCGGAGAACCUGGAGAACCUCUACACCACAGCUCUGAUGGCCUAUGUGUUCAGUUUGGCUGGAGACACAGAGACUCGCGCUCAGCUCCUCCACAGACUGAGCUCCCGAGCCACAGACGAAGGUGGUCAGGUGCACUGGUCUUCUUCUUCUUCUUCUUCUUCUCUGUCGGUGGAGAUCUCGUCGUACGUGCUCCUCUCCGUCCUCACGGCGCCCUCUGUGGGUGUGGAGGACCUGAGCUACGCCUCCAAGAUCGUGCGCUGGCUCACAGGACAACAGAACCCCUAUGGAGGCUUCCAGUCCACUCAGGACACAGUGGUGGCGCUGCAGGCUCUGUCCCUGUACUCUGCUGUGGUCUACAGUCCGGACGGGUCCAGCACGGUCCUGGUCCGGGAUCUGAACCGGCCCACAGAGGGGUCUUUGUCCUUCACCGUGGAGCCGAGCAACAAGCUGCUGUACCAGGAGCGCCCUCUGGGGGGCGCCGCGGGGCAGUACAGUGUGGAGGUGACAGGGAGCGCCUGCACCUCCAUACAGGUCUCUCUGUUCUAUAACGUCCCGGUUCCGUCUGAGGUCCGGACUCUGGGGGUGAAGGUCGAGACUCAGAUGGAGUGCGGCGGCUCGGUGCUCCAGCUCCUCCUACAGGCCGAAUACGGUGGAGAGCAGAACAGCACAAACAUGGUGAUCCUGGACGUGAAGAUGCUCUCAGGGUUUGUGCCUCAUGAAGCGUCUCUGAAGAACCUGGAGUCUGAGUCUGGAGUCGACCGAGUGGAGCGGAACGAAGAUCACAUCCUCCUCUACAUCAAAGAGUUGUCUAAAGAUGUGCCCGUGUCCUUCCGUCUGCGUCUGGUUGAGGAAAUUCAGGUCCAGAGCCUCAAACCUGCUGUGGUCAGAAUCUACGACUACUACCAACCAAGUGACGAGGCAGAGACAGAGUACACGUCCCCGUGUGCUGCUCCAAACAAACACUGAACAUUUUAUAAACAGUAAAUUACAAAUAAACAAACAACAAACGAA